AUGGCUUCUGCCAAUCGACGCCCGGCAGCCGGCAGACGAUCUGCAUGGGUUGAGGCGUUGCCGUGGGAACCGCGGGGUGCUGAGGGCGCGGGAGCUGGUGUCACGGGUCGGGGGCGCCGGUCCCAGCGAGACCCGGGGUCCGGCCGAGUACACUUCGUGGAAAGAAAUGUCGAGAAUAAGAAUGUGAAGAAAACCUGUAUUGCUUUGCUAAGUGCCAGAGAAGCCCAUACUAGUGCCUCUAGCAUCUUGCCUUCAGAGCAGGGUUCAUCACCUAAUGUGUCAGAUCUUCCAGGAAUUUUGCCCAAAGUAGUGCAUCCAGAAGCUGGACCCCAGGACAGGAGAGCAGGCACUGCAAUAGUAUCAAAACGUUUUUCAAACAUGUCUCAGACGUCACUGAAUCGGCCCAUCAUCCCACAAAGAAGACCUCACUUCAAGAUAUGCUAUAUCUGUGGCAGAGAAUUCGGAUCACAGUCUAUAUCUAUACAUGAACCCCAGUGCCUAGAAAAGUGGCGUACUGAAAACAGUCAGCUACCAAGUCAUCUCAGAAGACCUGAGCCCAAGAGACCUGAGGUCCUUACUGGUGGUUCCUAUAUGCUUGCAGCUGAAAAUGAGGGAGCUUAUCAGAGUGCUCAAGCCCAUCUCCUGCCCUGUAGAAACUGUGGCCGAACCUUCUUUCCUGACCGUCUCAUGGUGCAUGAAAAGUGUUGCAGAGGAGGUAGCAGCACUGUAGGGGAAUCAAGCACUAGCCCCACUAAAUCUGGUAAAGGCCCAGGCUUUGGGUCUGGCUCAGCAAGUGAUCCGCCUAAGACCCUUCAAGGAAAGAGUGGGGCUGCACCAGCCACAUCAGACAAGGCACAAGUGAUAAAACAGCCACCAACAGUGAUUUGUUACAUAUGUGGCCGUGAGUAUGGAACAAAAUCAAUUAGUAUCCAUGAGCCACAAUGCCUGAAAAAAUGGCACCAGGAUAAUGCCUUGCUACCCAAGCACCUGAGAAGGCCAAGGACAAAAAAGCCUGAAGUCACACCUGUGCAAGCCAAAGGUUUCUACAAUCUCAAUUCUUUAAAUGAGGCUGCCUGGAUCAGUGCCCAGAACCAGCUCGUUCCAUGUGACAUUUGUGGGUGUACUUUUCUUCCAGACAGACUGAUCGUCCACCAGAAGUCCUGUAAACCAAAACCUGCAACAUGAAUUGGAUGUAACACACAUGCAUAUGUAUGCAUGCAUACUCACACAUGUGUGUGUGAGUGUGCAUGAAUACACACAUGCAUGCACUCAUACAUUUCAGCCAAA